AUGGCACAGCCCACCUCGAAAGGCGAGUCUUGGGCGUUGGGCGCCAGCUUCAGCGAGGAAAGGCGUAGGUCCUUGUACCCGCCGGCAGUGGCCAACCCCUUCCUGCAGCAGACGCACAUCAGCGCGGGGCGCUGGGCCACCAUCAUCCUCCUGGGGAGUGUCCUGGUGCCCUUGCGGGUGUCCUGCAUGGCGCUCCUCUUCAUCUUCCUCUGGCCCCUGGCUCUGCUUCCCACCCUCGGCCGCCGAGCUGGAGCCAACACGCCCGCCAGGAGCUGCGGAAGAAGACUGGCGCGACUCAUCCUCAAGCUCUUGCUGAAGGCGCUUUUUUUUGUAGCCGGGUUCCGGGUUACAGUGAAAGGGGAAAAGGCCCCCCGGCAGGAGGCGCGCAUCCUCGUGGCCGCGCCGCACUCCAGUUUCUUCGACGCGAUCGUGUGCGUCGUGGCGGGCUUGCCUUCGGUGGUCUCUGCGAGUCAGAACGCGCGCAUCCCCGUGGCCGGGAAGGUCUUACUGUUAAUGCAGCCGGUGCUGGUGAGCCGAGACGACCCCGAGUCCAGGAGGCUCACCCGGGAGGAAAUCCUGAAGCGAGUGACGUCUGAUAGGAAGUGGCCACAGAUCCUAAUUUUCCCCGAAGGCGUGUGUACCAACCGCACCUGUCUGGUCACUUUCAAACUGGGGGCCUUCUCGCCCGGCGUUCCUGUGCAGCCGGUUCUGCUCAGGUAUCCGAACACGCUGGACACAGUGACCUGGACCUGGCAGGGGUUUACAGGCUUCCAGGCCUGUGUGUUGACCCUGAGUCAGCUCUUCACCAGGGUGGAGGUUGAGUUUAUGCCUGUUUACAUCCCAAAUGACCGAGAAAGAAGAGACCCCGUCCUUUUUGCCAAUUCGGUGAGAGUCAUCAUGGCCAAUGCGCUUGGGGUGCCCGUGACGGACCACACGUAUGAGGACUGCAGACUGAUGAUUUCCGCAGGUAACCUUCGACUCCCCAUGGAAGCCGGUUUGGUGGAAUUUACAAAAAUUAGCCGGAAGCUGAAGUUAGAUUGGGAUCAUAUUCAUCAGCACCUGGAUGAAUAUGCUACGAUGGCGGCUGCCACAAGAGGAGGGAAGAUAGGCAUUAAAGAGUUUGCAGAUUAUCUAAAACUCCCAGUUUCCGAGCCCUUGAGACAACUUUUUGCCCUCUUUGACAGGAAUAACGACGGCAGCAUAGACUUCCGAGAGUAUGUGAUCGGGCUGAGUGUGCUGUGCAAUCCUGCCCGCACUGAAAAGAUUCUGCAGAUGUCCUUUAGGCUCUUCGAUCUUGAUAAUGACGGGUUCAUCACGGAACAGGAGCUGGCGGCUCUACUUCGCGCAGCUUUUGGAGUGCCCGACCUUGAUGUUUCUCAACUCUUUCGGGAGAUGGCUGGGCAGAACUCAGAGUACGUUUCUUACAUGACCUUUAAGAACUUUGCCCUGAAGCACCCCGAAUACGCCACGUUAUUUAGUUCGUACUUAGACCUCCAGGCAGCCUAUGUAUAUUCAUUACCAGAAGAAGUCACUGCUUGA